CUCUUCCAAAUCUCCUCUCUUCAAUUCCCUUUACUUCAUAGGCCAAAAUGGAGCCAUGGCAGCGAAACAUUCGCAGGAUGCACCAAGUCAGCGAGGUGCUCGACCUUGACCCUCAAAAGUCCGACAUGAUCGCCGAUUUCGUCGCACUCAUCCAAGCAAUCCGCGAAGGGCUUACGCGAAUCGAUGAUGAUUCCUAUAUACCCGAUUCACAGAUCAAUAUGCUUUUCUUGACAAAGCUCAAGGAAUGUCCUGAUUGGAGUGACUGGGCAUCUGCUAUGCUGCGAGAUGGUCGGAUGUGCUCCUCCAAUCCUGCGGAGCAGGUGACCUUUCAGGAGCUGGCCCAGUUGGCCAUGGAGCAAGAGAAGAUCCGUCAGCAGCGGGGAAGGGGUGCAUGGGGUACUAGUGAUUAUGGUGCUGCCAAGAGAGGGUUUGCAUCGCCAUUGGAGGUUCCGGAAGAUCCUCGCGCUCUCACUCAGGACGAGAUCAACGCAUUCGUGGUCAAACAGAUGCAUAAGGAUGAGGCAUUCCGAAAUCGCAGUGGAAGUGCCCGAAGACAUGCUAAGCGGCCCAGUCAGGAGGAAAUCAAUGACUACGUGGUCGAACAGAUGCGUCGAGAACGGGAGCAAGCUACGAGGAAUCGAAGUUACAGUCAACCGAUGCAGGAAGGACCUGUUCAACGACCGGUGCAAAUGCGCUGUACCUUCUGUGGCGAUAGAAAUCACCAGCUUUCAAACUGCUGGCGGAGAUGGAGAGUUGCUGUGGAAGCUCCGAAUGGGAACUACUUGCCUAAACGUGUCGAGUACAGGACUGAGUUUCCGGGUCAACCACCCAUGUAUCGCACGGGUUUCACGCUUUUUUAAAAGCCGUAUGAGACUUGAUAAUGAUUCUUGAUUGUGUUUACGAUUCUACUCACGUUUAUCAGCGACUGGAGUUUAGCCAAGAGCAUGGAGUUUGGAGUCUUUUAGCAUCAUGUACCCCUAUGUUGAAUAUUUGGAGCGAUUCCCCCCCUGUGCUUGAGCGACAUACAUGCAGGAUUCCCAUACAUAGUUUGCCG